UUUGUUGUUCUUUGAGAAAACCGGAUCGUCUUCGAAGUUUUAGCAGGGGAACGAAAUUCAUAAGGAAGGUGCAUUAUCUUGAGAGCAUCAAGAUACAUAUGGCUUCAUCAGAAGAAGCAGUGAAAAAUGAAAGUUCGUCCGUUCAGCCUAGUAAUAAUUCUUCCGAAACUUCGAAGCCUACACAGCAAGUAGUCACAAAUCCAAGCAAUAACACGGGAUCAUCAAAGGUAAGAGAAAUGAUUAUCCUACAGCACACUUUCUUGUUUGAAGACUUGCAAUUUGUGCUUGCAAUCGAAGCAUUGUUGAAGAUCAGUGGGCGAGAAGGCUGCCACAUUAAUUGAAUUGAAAUGAUUGUUGGCUGUUCGACAAGACCGACAAGCUACUACUAACAUGAAAGUUGUUCCCCGCUGACUUAGGGAGUCUACAUUCUGCUUAUUAUUAGCUAGUAAUGAUACACGGAAUGCGGACUUUACUAGUAGGGAAUGAUAGUUGCUACCCGGUGUAGUGAACCUUCAAAAAUCUAUUUACAUUGCGUAGGUUUUGGUACGUACACAGGGCACCCAUACAAUCCGUUUGUGUAACUGUUUGUAAUUUUAUAGUAAAUGUAUUGGAUUUAUUGGCGGCUUCCUCUGUAGUGAUUUAUCGCCAGAUAUGUGCAUGAAUCCUCAGAUUGGUAUGUUGAAAGAUUUCGAAGGAUUUUGAGUUUACCUUUUACUGGGCCCCUCAAUACACGUUAUUGCAAUACAGUGUCUAAAAAAAAAGGGAAAAAGGAAAAAGCCAAAUAGGAAUUAAUAACGCCAAUUAUGCCACAUUGUCAGGGUGGAUUCAUUUACAGCCGUUGCAUUUCCCCACUGGAAUUUUUAUAUUGUUUUCCAGCUUUAAAACAAUAGCAAAUUCCCACAGGCAAAUACGACAUCCAUGUGCAAAUGCUGCAAAUGAAUCCAGACAUAACUAAUCAAUGAUGAAUGACAUCAAUGAGUAAUCGAUGAGUACUCGUUGGAUAAUCAAUUGGUUAGUCACUGAUUAUUUCCGGCUCCAAGAUAGUAAUCAAAAAACACGCGAGGGCUCGGUAUUUUCGCUCGAUGACUAAUCAAUAGCUAAAAGUUUUGUGGCCUAUCGAUUUACUUUUAAGACAUCGAUGGAUUGGUUUCAAUUCAAGAGCCUUUUUCGUAAUCCAUGACUAACAAUUUUCCAGCUUGUUGAUGUGAAAGUGAGAAAAUGUCAUGCAAUGCUAUUCGAAACUUAUGAGCCGAAAAUGGAUGUGAUUUUGACUCAAAAUAACGAUGAUCUAAUGAUUAUCCAUUGGUUAGACAUUGAUUAUGCAUCUCAUACCAUUCUAGCAAUUUUUUUAUUCUUAAAAUAUAUAGCUUAACUUUCUGGUGAUAAAAAAAUUUAAACGUUAAUGGUUCUUGAUCAUUUUCUAAACAACGCACUUUCUAUAGACUGAUAGUAAUUAUUCUAGCCAAAUGUAAAUAGGAAUUGAAUUUUUUAAGUCUUAUGUAAUGAAAACCAGUGAUACCCUUAUGGAGAAUUUGCAUGUAGCUCUUCUGAAGAUACUUCAGGGCCUUCAAAUGCCGUUGUUGUUAAGUAAUCAUGAUUAAAUAAAGCUUGUAUCGGACAUUUAUGUUAAAGAAGUCUUUGUUUCCUUAUUUUUGAAUUGGUAUGGUUUGUGUACCCACAAGAUUAUAUUGAUAACUGAUCAAUGAGUAAUCAAUGACAGAAAAUUUUGUGACCUAUCGAUUAUUCAUCGAUUACUCAUUGAAUAUCGGAUAUAAUCAAUGACUAAUCAACUGAUUACCCAUCGAUUACCUGUUGAUUUCUCAUUGAUUUCAUUGAUGUCAUUAUUGAUGCUACUGAUUAGUUACUUACUUACCUAAUUUGGAUGAAUUCAUUAGCCUAUUUAAUUCCUAUUUGGCUUUUUCCCUUUUUUUCAUUUUUUCUAUGACAACGUUUUUGCAGUUGGGUGUAUAUAUCCAUACAGAUAAAGCUAUUUGUUAUUUGUAUUUAAUAGCUUUUGCCAACAGGGUAAAAUGUUUGAAAAGCCGCAUAUAUGAAAAUUUCAAAAAUAUAUAUAUCCUGCCAACGCAGAUAAAGUUGUUUUUUCUGUGUUUUAAAAUGUCUUGUGUUCAGAACAGUCACAUGGUUGCUUUCAAAGUAUUGUUCUAGAACUAGUGACCAGAAUUUUGUAAAUCAAGGUCUUGGAAUAAUUAAAGUCUCACAAAAGUCUCAUCCAAUAUUUGUUAUUAAAGGAAAGGUGUAGAUGGUUUUCACAUGAUAUCACAGUAGCCAUAUUGUUGUACAAAAUGCUGGAAUGCCAGCCAUGUUGGUGUACAGAAAAAGUCCUGUGGAGAUUGAACUCUUUUCUCUUGUAAAACUUUUUUCCAGCAGAUUUGUAUAGCACUGACCAUUUGAGUGAAAACAAACCAUUUAGGUUGUGUUCAAUUGACAGUAUUCUGGAAUAAGAAUAAAUGCAAUAAACUCUAGGAAUCAGUUGUUUUAGCAUUCAUUGCAUUGCAGUGUCUAUAAAUCUGCUUGAUUGCCAACAAGCCUCACGAAGAUGCGAGGCUGCGAUGCAGCAGCAUAAUAAAGCUGUGCGCAAAAGUUUCAUACAUACAUACAUACAUAAAACUAAAUUGUUUUAUCUCAAAUUACAGAGUAGCCAAAAAUAGGCCGAAUGAAUCUCGAAGCAAUGUAACAUAAGGUAGUGUAAGGUAGCUUUUAUGAUCUAAUGCAGAACAGAGAAUUCAUUGUUCUUGAGUGAAUACAAUCAUGCGUGAAAGUUCCAAGGCAGAAUGAAUCUCGAAGCAAUGUAAAUGAUAAAUGAUGGACACAUGACUGACCUGCAAUCUGCAUUCUUGUAAAUUAUGGUAAUUCAUGACAUUUCUAAACAAACUGAACAGCACUUGCAUUUAGGUAAAAUCUUGCUCAUUGGCACUUAGCAAUAGCUAUAAGUAGUAUAAAAUAUGUUGAUGUAUGUAGCAUUUAAGUGGUCCAAAAAUCACAGUACAACAGAUCUGUAACAAAAUUUGGAGGUAUUCCUACUCUGGUAAUAUGCUUAAUCAAACGCAUCCUAAAAGAAUCACUUACUUCGUGCCUUUUUCUAAACAGGUAACAGGGGCAGAUCUAGGGGGAGGGUGCAGGGGGUGCACCCCCCCCCUGAGAUGACCUGCGGUUUUCUAAUACAACUGGUAUUCCGCCAAAAAAAAAAACUAUGUGGUUUAUUGGUGUUGAAGUAGAGCAAGAGACGAGUGCACCGCCUCCUAAAAAAAAAUCCUGGAUUCUCCCCUGGGUAAUACACCUUCAGUUUGUAAGCAUUAAAGGCAAGUAGCUAAUCAGUGUUUCCUCUUCUGUAUUUAGAAGCCAAACUACAUACUGAAGUAUACAUUAGCUGGUCAUACAAAAGCUAUUUCCUCCGUGAAGUUUAGUCCAAAUGGUGACUGGCUGGCAAGCUCUUGUAAGUUACUUGUGAUUUUGGUAAUUCUAGUAUUCUUAAUUAGGCACUGAUUUCUUUGUUUCACAAGUGGUAUUUAAUAAUUAUAAAACCUAUGUCAGUACAUUUCCAAUUCUUAUUGCACUUUAUAAAAUUUUAUGUAAAAACUUGACUUGCUUAAUAAUGAGAGAUUUUUUCUGCUGACUAUGUGUACAAUGUAUGUUGUUAGUGAUUGACUUGUGUUGGGAGAUUUUAUAGCAAAUAAUUGCUUUGUGCAAAGCUAAGGAUACUGUGGGGUGAUAUAAGAGUCUUUUCUUUACAAGUUUUGCCCUUUGAAUUUGUAAUCAAGUGGUAUUCUAUUGAACUGCUUGUUCAUAGCAUUUCAUGUGUAGACCCAAAAAGUUAGACAAUGUAACUAGACUUCUCUGUCAUUACUGCAUUUAUUAUUUAUUCUCAUUAGACAUUGAUUAAAAACUUGCAAAUUCCUUAGCGACUCUUUUUUUUCCUAAACAGCUGCUGACAAGUACAUAAAAAUAUGGGGAGCUUAUGAUGGGAAGUUUGAGAAGACUAUAUCAGGGCACAAAUUGGUAUGGCGUGUUUUUUUAUAAUUAAUUUUAAUUUAUGCCUUCAUGUUUGUGGACAGUCAUAUACUUCCUUAGUCACAAAAUCCUCAAAUAUUAAUAAAGUGUGACAUUCUUGGAACAAGUGUUGGAUUGGAGAGCCAGUGUCUUGUGGUAUGCACAACUACUUAUAAAUUUAAAUGAAUAAUGUGAUGGUAAAUUUACUUUUGUGAACCACACUCAGUGAUACUGAAGUAUCUGGAUCCAGAUUGCGGCUCUUGAAUCUGAAAUUUGGUUUCAGUUUCUAGUAUGCAGAUUCAGUUCCUUGCAAAUAAAUGCAGCCUACACUUUCCAGUUGUGCUGUUAGGUACAGGUACAUUUGUGACACAACUCUCAAGAAAAAUAGCACAAGAUGGCCAACAAAACUCCAAAAGGCCUUCCACAAUGAAACUGGAAUGACCCAUGUGAACUUGUACUCUUGACUUCUGCUGCAGAGUGUUACAUUACUUUGUGUUGUUUACAGUUAGAUGGUUAUUAAUAAAAGUAUUACAUUAUUGCAUAUAAAAUACUUUAAACAGUGGGUGCUUGCUUAAAAUCAUGGUGUUUGAGUUAGGAAGGAAUGAUAUUCAUUGAAAUAAAUGACACUUGGGAGAAGAAACAGUUUUAAGAUCAACUUUGCUUUUUUUGUUGUCAGGGAAUAUCAGAUGUAUCUUGGUCAUCAGAUUCCAAGCUGCUUGUUUCAGCAUCGGAUGAUAAAACCCUUAAAAUCUGGGAUUUUGCUACUGUAAGUUGAAGGAGGAAUACCUCUCCUUUUAGUCAACUUUGGGCUGGUUAUGGCCUAAUAAUUAUAUUUUUUGUUCAAACACAACUUAACUUUAGUUAAUUAAGGCCGUAUAUGCAAAGGAAGAAACAAAUUCAGUACCCAAAUGCCUGUGCGCUUCCAGUUUGUUCCCUUAUUGACAGUACCACAAAUAUCUGGCUUUUGUUUUUUCUGUCACAAGGUUUUUGUUUCUUUAGUACCACAGUCUUAAUGUACUUUGUCUCUCAAGUACCACAGUCCUAAUGUAUAGUGUAUAUGCGUAACAAGUCAAAAUUAAAUUUAGGUUGAAGUUUUUUAAACCUACAAUUAGGUUGAUUCUCAAUUUCCUUUGUCUCCAAGCCGUUAUUCAGAAUCAACCUAGAUUAAAAAAAUUUAACCUGAACAUAUAAUUUUGACCUGUACCAUAUGUACAUAUUGGGCAGUGAGUCGAUAGGACUAUGAUAUAAGUAUAGCUUCUGUGAAAAACAAAGAUAACUCAUGUGUGACUUGUCACUCAUCUUUUUGCUCUAUAACAUUUGACCAAUAGAUUUUCUCCUGUGAUUUUCUUCAGAUGUCAUUAUUAUUAAUUUUAUCUGUGCCUUCUUUGUUAUUUGAUCAUAGGGAAAAUGUCUCAAGACUCUGAAAGGUCAUAGCAAUUAUGUAUUUUGUUGCAACUUUAAUCCUCAAUCUAACCUCAUUGUGUCAGGCUCGGUGAGUAUUGUUGUAGUCUUCAGUAUGUCCCAACGUCUUAAACAGGCAACAAACAGAACUUAGUGACCAUUGAUGAUUUAAUUAUUAAACUUGUAGUAGGUUAACCAACCAGCUCGUGGCAUUUGUGUAGAUUAAACAAUGCACUUUGAUGCCACUUUAACGCAGCAAAGCUACAGUUUGCUUUCCAUAUUGUUUAAAAAACUAAGGGUAUUUUUGCUCUCAUUUGCUGUCAAUUAUAAUUCUUUUUUUUUCAAAAUUUGUAUUUGUUGAAAAACAGCAAAAAAGUAAGGCAUACUAAUUUUAUAUCCUCCUGGUAAUGCUCCACUGCAUGGUGUUGUACUGAAGUAAAACAAUGUCCAACUACACUGUAAUGAGGAGGAUUUUGCCAGCCUUGAUGUUUUUAUUCUCUUUGUAGUUUGAUGAGAGUGUGCGCAUUUGGGAUGUUAAGACAGGGAAAUGCUUAAAGACUCUGCCAGCUCAUUCAGAUCCUGUAACAGCGGUAAGACAAUAGUAUCAUUAAUUUUAAGGGCCGUCUGACCUAUCCUUUUCCUUUGUUUCUAAUACUCUCUCAGAACAAGUUGAUUAAUUAGCCAACAAAACAACAGAUUCAAUGUCUCUUGUCCUAAAAACCAAAGCAGGUGUAAUUCCAUGAAUGCUCACCUUGGAAUUGAAUUUGAAAAAUAGAUUCCAGACUUGAAUGGUCUCGAGUCUGUUGGUAUUGUAGCUUUUGACCGUGUCGCACAGCCAUCAUUAGUAAUGAAUGCUCCGUGUUGUAAUGUGAAAUAGUGGGAAUAAACCCACAUCUCAGGUGUGUUUUUAAGGCCAAUAAAAGUACAGGUUUCUGAGACCUUCUCGGCACCAUUAUUUAGUCAAGAAAAUACAGUAGUAGGUUUAACAAUGCCUGCUGUGUUGUAUCUCACAACAGGUUCAUUUCAAUAGAGAUGGUGCCUUGAUAGUGUCAAGUAGUUAUGAUGGCCUUUGGUAAGUUUCACUCAUGCAGUCAAACUCUGCUCACUGGGCAAGAAAGCUCAAAAUGUUAUGUACCAAAGAAAACCUUUGGUACUUGACUGGGACAACUGGACGGGCCAUCUCAAGUGCCGUGGUUAUUGUUUUCAACUUGUUUUCUUUUUACCUGUAUUUCAUGCUCUGCUAUGACUACUGUAGACUUAUUUCUUUCUUCCUGUAUUGAUGACAACUUUAUUUGCAUAAAAAUAGAUCCAAGGCAAAAAAGAAAGAUGGGUGCAAAAAGGGUGUUACAGAGAGGAACUGAGUCCUCGUACAAGCCUGACCCUCUCCCUAAAGAUGUAAUAUUCAGUAUGUAAACUAUGAUAUAAAAUUCCAAACUUGCUCUUUAAAGGGUAUAAUAAGCUCACUAGACGUUUAUUGAAUGGCCUAUUUCUUCACUUGGAAACUGAAAGGAAGAGUGUAUGAGACAAAUAAUAAGUGAAACGAGCAUGAGCUUGAAGUGGAUGAUGUGGGGGUAAAGAGCCUUGCACUCCACAUGGACAAGUGUGUUUAGUUUCUUCUUUUGUAUUGUAAAAGUAUUAGAAAAUAGAUCGCUGUUUUAUGUGAGCAUUGGCCUUAAUUACCUGUAGUUGGAGAUCUUUAUGUGUGUCUCUAUUUAUGAUGUCUUCUUGUUCAUUUUUUUCCAUAGUCGUAUUUGGGAUACUGCCUCUGGGCAAUGCCUCAAGACAUUAAUAGGUCAGUUUUGUGCUGUUUUAAUUAUUAUUGAGGUCAUGUCUGUUAACUAAGACUGGCUGAAUAUUAAAGUGGCUUGAAUAGUCAUAAGUGGUCCUCAGUCUACAACCUACAUGUGUGUGUAUUGUUGAAAUGUAUUAUUCACAAUGAACAACAAUAAUAAAGUUUGACCAGACUAGAAUAAUAUUAGUGGUUCAGACGUCCAGUUUUUAUACUUUUCUAAAAAAUCUGCCCCAGCACGAGGACACAAGGUUGACAAUGCUAAAAACGCAAAAGCAGGGAUAUGACAGGUAAAAGGAAGCGUAUGAGGGGCAUUCUUAGGUUUUAGUGUGUGAAUUUAAUGUAUGAAAGUUAGAGUUAGAGAUGUAGUCUUUUCCUGUGGUUUGUUGUCCUCAGUCUUAUUUAAUACUGCCCUCCAGGGGCGGAUCUAGGGGGGGUGCAGGGGGUGCGCACCCCCCCUGAGGUGACCUGCGGUUUUCUAAUACAACUGGUAUUCUGUGAAAAAAAAAAAAAACUAUGUGGUUUAUUGGUGUUGAAGUAGAGCAAGAGACGAGUGCACCCCCUCCUAAAAAAAAUCCUGGAUCCACCCCUGCCCUCCUGUAACCAGAAGUCAUUAGGGGUAAUGACUGGAUUGUUCAUGUCUUCCCUUCCAGAUGAUGAUAAUCCUCCUGUGUCAUUUGUAAAGUUUUCUCCCAAUGGAAAGUACAUACUAGCAGCAACAUUAGAUAAGUAGGUUCUUCUUCAUUUUUGUUGUCCAUACUCACUGUCAUUUUCUUUGAGCGAAAGAAACUGCUUGUUGUGAAGAAGGAUGCAGAACUAGUGUCAGUAUCAAAUUGUUGAGGCUUGUUCAUUAACAGGCCGUUCCCUCACAAUUCACCCUUUUUGUGCUUCCCCAACUCAUAACAGGGAUGAAGAUGACAAACUGAAGAAAAGUGAGGUCAUGCUUUCAACAAAAAUAUGUCUUCAAAGAAUAUGCAUCAAAAGGAUGAUAAUGUGGCCCUGUGUUAUAACUUAUGUUGUUACAUGCUCAGUAUUUAUGAGUGUACUGUUACUGGUAUUUGCAGCACCUUGAAACUAUGGGACUAUAGCAAAGGAAAGUGUCUGAAAACUUAUACUGGUCACAAGAAUGAAAAGUACUGUAUAUUUGCCAAUUUCUCAGUCACAGGAGGCAAGGUAACCAUUACUUUACUCAGUUGUACCCUGGCCAGAUAUUGACAUGUUAUCACCCCCUAAAAAGUCAUCAACUCCUGUAAUUACAAAAAACCCAACCUUUUCAUUUGACAGGAGUUCAUUGUAGCACAGGAUAACGCAAAAGGUUUGCAUUACAGGUUUGCAGUGCAUUUUGCAUGAAAUGUGUAUUUGUAGAGUUCAGACUGGCAAUGGAAGGAAAGAUGUAGGAAAAUCAUGAAAUGUUGUUUGCAUUCAGUGAAUGCCUCUAUUACUCCAGUAAGGGUCCCAGUUGUGACUGCCUGAUAAGGGUGUCAUUCUAUUCUUAGACAACGUUUGAUCGAAUUGGACCGAAAAAGUUAAAAAUCCCAAUUGGCAGAAUAGAAACCAGUUGGUUAUUUCCAAAUGUGCACGAGGUAUGAACUCUGGACUUCCCAGAACAACCGCAGCCAGUUUACAGAAUGGGACUUGAACCCAGAACCUCUGGAUUGUUUGUUGUUUUUCAUUUGUAUGUAAAUUCCCUAAAGUGUUCUGCUAAUAAAACAUAAAAAUAUGUCUGACACGCUGACCUAUGCCAUGUAGCCUCCUCAAUAAUAUUGAAUUCAUAUGCACAAGUUCAGUUUCAAAGAACGGUUGACAAAUCACCGAAAUCUGGACUGACAAAAAACUAACCUUUGUUUUACGUUAUCCGUAGAAAAUUGUAUUUGAACUUGCCUCUUUAUUUGUAUUUUCAGUGGAUAGUGUCAGGAUCAGAAGAUAACAUGGUGUAUAUUUGGAACCUGCAAUCCAAGGAAGUGGCACAGACAUUAGAGGGUCACAGUGGUAUGUGAUUUUUUUUUAGAGGGGGAGGGGAGGGGGACAGAGGUCCAAACCUCCUGCCUCCCGUACCUUGCAUUCCCGGCUCCCGGCUCUUAUUUCUUGGUUACCUCCUUUUAGCCUUUUUUCUUUAGCGAAGUAUCAAGCUCCCUCUCAUUUCUCUCAUUUCCCACUCCUUCAGAACUCCCACUUCUCUCUCUUUCCUUUCCCGCUUCCCGUACUUCUCCCGCUCCUUAUUCUCCCAACCCCCUGUACUCCCCCACUAAUACACUGUCGUCACAAUAGCUUGUCCACAGACGUUUUUACUCUUUUUUUCGGGGAAUUUGGCAAGUGCGAGAGCAUGAACAAAGCGCGAGUGCCCACCCCCACCGUCUUGCGUUGCCCUUUACAACAAAUAAUAGUUUCGUAGAGACUAGUACUCGCUGUUAUGGUUGUUGUCGUUAAUACGUGGUUAAAUAAUCCCUACCCUCAUCUUCGUGAUGGCGUAUCCACAGUAUUUCUAUUUUACGAGCGGCGCAAAGGUAACUUAGUUUUUCUGUUAAAAUUGGUGUUUUGAAUUGCAGAUGUGGUCCUUUGCUCCGCUUGCCAUCCAACAGAAAACAUCAUUGCAUCUGGUGCUCUGGAAAACGACAAAACUAUAAAAAUCUGGAAAUCUGACUCAUAGCAGACUACUUACAGAUCACGCCGGCAUUCAUUGUUAAUAUGGAAAUAUGUACAGUCUACAGCUUCCCCAAACUCAAAAUUCUUGAGAACUUCUGCAUAUAUGUUAUGUGUAGAUGCCUUUUACAUAGAAUUUCUAGCAGGAGGUCUUGCUCUAGACUUUCCCUGUAUAUUAUAGGGACAUGAGGGUCUGAAAGACCGAGUUAUAUGGAAUCCCAAGUUUGGACAUUACUAAUGUGUGAUGGAAAUUACAUAAAAUCGAUCUUAUCCUUUUUUGAAAGUUGAAUUAUCGAUGCUUCUGUUCUCCACCGUGUUUUCCGCACAGUUCGUGUGGUACUGCUGAAAAUAGUGAGUGUAAAGUUCAAGACAUUUUCCUCGCUUGUAAUCGAUUCAUUUAUUCUUUCAAUCGCUAUGAUUUAUUAAGUAAAUAGUCCUACAGUAAGGAGAAAUUAAAUGCUGAUGGCUAUUAGGAACAGCGCAGACUGCUCCCUCUAUGAUUAGUCGGCUCAGCUCAGGGGAGACUUGAGAGGGAGAAAUGAAAGCGCGACGGGAACGAUGGGAAGGGGAAAGAGAGGACGUGAGGCUUGGCGAGAGUGCUCCCGCCUUUUCCCUCUUC